CGACACGUUUUAUUGUGAUCAUUGUUUACGAAAAUUAACCAAAACAACGAAAAUGUCUAGUUAUUUCGGCAUAUUUCGUUCGAUUUUUCAAACUGCUGUGGACGUCUGGCCUAAAAGACGAAUACGAUGGACAUUUUUGGCAGAUUUUGCGAACGACAUGAGACAAUAUGGCAGAAUUUCAUCGUAUGACAUCACAACUGUGUGCACAUUCGCUGUGGUUUUUACUCUGCUUCGUUCAAUUCUUACAACUUAUGUAUUUAAGGUUAGUUUCGAGUAAAAAAAUCCGUUAUCUAUUGUUAUUAUUUGGUUUAUAACAGAGCUAAAGCUGGGAUUAAAUAUUUAUCAGCAUAGUGGGAUUAUAUGGACAGAUAGUACAGUAUAUAUACUGAAGGGUAAUAUAGCUAUAUCAGUGUCUUGGCAAGGGUAUAAAUUUGUAGCAUAAUUUGAAUUUUUAAACUCAACUGUGGGAGUGAUUUGUAAAACUAAAAGAAUUCUUUCAGAUUGAAAUAUUCCUCAGGGUGUCAUUAUAAAAUACUUAUUUAAUCAGCAGGGGGUAUUUGCAUGAGCUGCAUGUGACCAGAUUGAGCAGAUAUCAAUAUUUUGAGGAUUGGCUUCUGAUUUGUAUUUUAAUCGUAAACAUGUUUUUUGAAGUUUCUAGACUACGGUUCUACCCUAUACAACUGAAGAUGUGGGUUUGAAAUAUCUUCGGAUGGACCUACCUAGGUUUCUGCUAAACCACCUAACACUUCUGACUCUCCCUUGACAAGUAAAAUUGCCAUAUAUAAAUAUUUAAUGCAUCAAUUACAGCACAUUGCAACUCAAUGAGUUAACAUGAUACAUGGGCAGGUAGUUAACCAAUUCAUGCAUGAACACUUAUUCCUUGACAAGUAAAAUUGCUAUUUAAUGUUUUGUAUUUCUUUACUUGUAGCCAUUUGCUGCGAGCAUGAAGUUUACACCAAAAAAUAACAGGAAAUUUCCAGAAAGCAUGUGGAAAUUCCUCUACUACUUUACCAUGUACAUAUAUACAUGUGUUGUAUUGUUUGGGAAACAUUCUGAACUAUAUGAAGACCCCAGAACAUGCUGGUCAGGUAAAGUAGUUGAGUUGAGUCCAGAAACCUGCGGAUUGAGAGAGACUCGACUGCCUGAGAUUAAAAAUACAAGUAAAACUUUGACAUUUUGAGCAAAGUAUUUUUCACGUAGUUAAAUCCCUCUAAAUCCACAGCUUUCUGGUGUUGUAACUACCGAAUACAUAUGCUGGCACAGACAGACUAGAGUCAUAGCACUUUAUGAUACUGAGUACUUAGAAAUACUGGCCUGAUUUAAUAUACAAGAGAUGGACCAUCUGUCAGAAAGUAAACUACCCAAGCCAACUAGUGGCAGCACUCUUCCUUGAAAAGUAAAAUUGUUUGGCAUUCAGGGCUUGAAAUAAUGUUCCAAAAGUUCCAGAUCAUGAUUAUCGGCAGUCAUGAUUUUCUCUGCUUUUUCUGAUUGAAAACUCUGCUUUUCCGCUGAUCAUAAACCAUUUCUUGCCAAUCAUUGAUCGGUGAUUGGCUGUUAUUUCAAGCCCUGGGCAUUAGACAGAGUAAAAUAAUAAAGUAGGAUGCAUUGCCACAUAAAGGGUUAACUAUAUUUGAUUUGCUUCAAGUACUGUACAUCCAGAGAGAUCAUCCCUCUGAUCAUUAUAUUUCAGACAAAGGUCAACUUAGGUGUAAUACAUAUCCUUAUGGUUACCAUGUAGUUUUUAUUCUGUUUCAGUGUGGGCAGUUGGCAUGUCAAUUCCCUCUGAUAUCUAUUAUUUGUAUUGCAUACAAGCGAGCUUCUAUAUCCACUCUAUUUAUGCUACUCUUUUUAUGGAUACAUGGAGAAAAGAUUCAAUAGCAAUGAUCAUACAUCAUUUCCUAACAGUCUUUCUACUCUGCUUCUCGUUUGCUGUCAGGUAAGUUUAAUGUUUAUGGGAAAGAGAAAUGUAUGAGUAUAGCCUUAAGUUUUUGAAAGAAAUGGAGUAGAAAUAUUAAGGUAUUAGUAGAAAUAGAAAGUGGGGAAAAAGGAAGCAGAUAAAGAAUGAAAUGUGAGAGAAAAUGGGAGAUUGAUAUAAAAAAUCAAAGAACCAAAUGAUAGAAUGGAAUUGAAAAUUAGAAUAUUACCAAAGCUGUAGAUGUUUUCUCUCCCACAAAAAUAUAUGUUUCAUGUCAAAACGGAAUGCAACUGCAUCCCUACAGCGAUUCCUGCUAAACUCUAAUUAGUUGAUUUCAGUACACCACAUGUUUUCUUCCAGUACUCUGGUUUCCUCUAGUAGUAACACUGGGCCACUAUGAGAUGGCUCUUAGUACAAAACCUCCACUGCGGGCAAAAGUUAGUUUAAUAUAGUUUUAGGAAAGUGUUUUUACUGUUUUACCUCAAAAUAGAACAACCUUCCAUUUCUUCUCUCAUCUUCCAACUUUUCCUCUUUUCAAUCUUAUUUUCACCUUGUCACAGAAAUGCAUUAAUUAGAAUUAUAAAACUUUCCUUUGUCUUCUCUUAUGACAUUAGAAAACAGGAAAUAUUCCUGGGUAUGCAGAAAAUGUUUUUGUUUACUGCUCUCUGCCGUAAAUAGCCCGCGGACCCCUGUGUCACAGAUAUUUAUGCUUACUAUACACAGAACUGAAGCACAUACUAACGGGCAGACCAUCAGAAAAGUGGUGGUUGGGGAGGGGAAGGAGACAAAAAAAAUUCGCGCAAGGGAAAAUAGAAAAAAAUCGUGCAAAGAGGAAACCAAAGAAAAAGUAGAUUUUAAAUUCCGGGAAAAAAUACCAGCACAAGCAGACGACGGAAAACAAAAUUCGUGCAAGCUGAAAUCCCUAUCACUUUUCUAAUGGUCCGACCCUAAAACUGAAUAGUGAAGUACUAUCCAAGUACCACUAUUAGAAUGUAGUUAUUAUCCGGCACAUCCCUAGGAAAUGUUUGCAUUCGUACAUUUAUAGAUACUACAAAGUUGGAGUAUUGGUGUUAUUUCUGCAUGAUCUUUGCGAUGUAUUUUUGGAAUUCACGAAGUUAUGUGUUUGUUGGAAGACCAGAAAUAACAAGAAGCAUUAUUGGCCAAGUGUUUUAAUAAACGUCGGUUUUCUGGCGUUUUCAUUCUCAUGGUACGUUGGUACUAAAUGUAAUGAUUGCGUUUUUUUGUUGGCUGAAAAUUAUUAGACAUUUUGACCAAUGUUAAGGUCACAAGUCACAAGAUGUAACGUACUGUAACGCCUGGAUUUGCGCUAUACUGGGGAGGAAACAAUAAAACUUGAAAAUAUUCAGUAGGAUAUAGGAAUAAGAAGCCAAUUUUGAAUGAUAUAAUUUAUAUGUAAUACUUUUUGUUUGUGGAAACACUACGUAAAUUUAUUACCGCAAAACGUUCGAUCCGUAAGCCCCUACCUUCAUCAGUGCUAAUACUAUGAUGAUUGAAGAUCCGGGCUUACGGAUCGAAAGCUUUGCAGUAAAAAAUUUACGUGGUGUUUCCACAAACAAAAAGUAUUAUAUGUUUUAUCGCCAUACAAUCCUACAAAGAACUUAUAAUUUAUAUAUUUUGCAAUUUGAAAAAGCCAUAUUCGGGCAUAUAUAAUUCACACUAUUUUUGAGGAAGAUUUGAAAACUUGAAUUUUUAAAAAAUUGAACCCCAAAGUUUGAGGAAGAUUUGUGAUACACUCUGUGGUAUUAGACCGAAUACGAAGACAAAAUGUGCCGCAAAUAUCAUUUUGCUGCUAUGAAUGAAAUAUUUUUUUCUCAUCUUAAUUGUGUAGGUUUUAUUUUCGUCUAUACGUGUUUCCUUACAAAGUUCUAUAUCCAAGUGGUCACUACGCUGUGGGAGUGUUGCCUCACGCGCCAUUUUAUUACUUCUUUAAUGGUUUAUUAUUGUUCCUCUUUUCGAUGAAUCUUUGGUGGUUUCAUUUUAUAAUCUUACUUAUCUGGCGAGUGGCGACCGGAAAGAGUCCCGAGGUGGAAGAUGUUAGAGAGGUCGGAACACCUCAGGUAUGUGUGGCUUAUGUUUUUUAUCUCUUAUCGCAGGGGCAUAUGAAGUUGCCCCCCCCCCCCCUUCAAUAUUUUAUAAAGGGAGCCGGAAAAUUUUCACACACCAGGUGACACAUAUCCAAUUGCCUUGAUCGGCCAAUCAAUAGUAACGAUCCAUUUUGACUGACGGAUAGCCUCCACUCACAAAUCAUAAUGAAAGAAUUAUUGAAAAAGCCUUACGAAAGAGGUAGAGGGGACUCCGAUGCAAUUUCCGACGAUCUAGAGACUCAAAAUUUUCAAUUUUCUUCUGCUCGUCGCCAACCAUGGUGACGCCUCGUGGAAUUGGGCCCCCUAAGUUUAUCAAACUUCCCACGCUCCUGUCUUAUCGUAUAAACUACAGAUUGUUUAACUGUUGCAAAAGAGUUUGGAAAAGAAUCUAAACCUAAGACAGUAAUUAACUGAAAUUUUUUGGACUACAUGAAUUUUUAAUCAUUAAUAUACAUUUCAAUGUACUUGGUAGGAGGAGCAAGGUAGUGAAGAUAUUGAUUCGCACCAAUCAAAGAGUAAGUUAUUGUUUAAUUGUUCAAUGAUUUGAUAUUGUUCUGAUUGUGAUGGUAGUAGUGAUGAUGAUGGUGGUGGUGAUGAUGAGAAUAGUGGUGAUAGUUAUGAUGGUGGUAAUGAUGAUGGUGAUAGUUGAUGAUGGUGGUAAUGAUGAUGGUGGUAGUGAUGAUGGUGGUAAUGAUGAUGGUGAUAGUGAUGAUGGUGGUAAUGAUGAUGGUGGUAGUGAUGAUGGUGGUAAUGAUGAUGGUGAUAGUGAUGAUGGUGGUAGUGAUGAUGGUGGUAAUGAUGAUGGUGAUAGUGAUGAUGGUGGUAAUGAUGAUGGUGGUAGUGAUGAUGAGAAUAGUGGUGAUGGUGAUGAUGGUGGUAAUGAUGAUGGUGGUAGUGAUGAUGAUGAGAAUGCUGUUAGUGAUAUUGAUGAUGAUGGUAGCAGUGAUGAGAGUAGUGGUAGUGAUGAUGAUGAUGGUGGUAAUGAUGGUGGUGGUAAUGAUGAUGAUGAUGGUGGUAGUGUGAUGAUGAUGACGACGGUGGUAGUGAUACAGAUGGUGGUAGUGAUGAUGAUGGUGGUGGUGAUGAUGAUGAUGAUGAUGAUGGUGGUGGUGGUGAUGAUGAUUAUGGUGGUAGUGAUGAUGAUGAUGAUGGUGGUAGUGAUGAUGAUGAUGAUGGUGGUAGUGAUGAUGAUGAUGGUAGUGAUGAUGGUGGUGGUAGUGAUGAUGUAGUGAUGAUGAUGAUGGUGGUAGUGAUGAUGAUGGUAGUGAUGAUGGUGGUAGUGAUGAUGAUGAUGAUGGUGGUAGUGAUGAUGAUGAUGGUGGUAGUGAUGAGGUAGUGAUGAUGAUGAUGGUGGUAGUCAUGAUGAUGAUGGUGGUAGUCAUGAAGAUGAUGGUGGUAGUGAUGAUGAUGAUGGUGGUAGUGAUGAUGAUGAUGGUGGUAGUCAUGAUGAUCAUGGUGGUAGUGGUGAUGAUGGUGGUAGUGAUAAUGAUGAUGGUGGUAGUGAUGAUGAUGGUGGUAGUGAUGAUGAUGGUGGUGGUGAUGAUGAUGGUGGUAGUGAUGAUGAUGGUGGUAGUGAUGAUGAUGGUGGUAGUGAUGAUGAUGGUGGUAGUGAUGAUGAUGGUGGUGGUGAUGACAAUAACAGCGGUGCAGCGGUGGUUAUGCUUCCGAGGAUGGUGGUGCCGAAGCUGUAGGAUAUGAUUGGUAUAAAUUGUCAAUAAUGAUGGUAGUAAUAUAAAAAAUGGUGAACAUGAUGGUGACCAUGAUGAAAAAUUAUGAAAUUUAAAUGUACUAAUUGCAACUCGGUCACUUCCAGGAAUGAAUGGCACAGCUCAUUUGAUUACAAAUGGCUCAACAAAAGACAGCCAAGCGAUCACGAAUGGCUAUGUUCAAGAUAUACACUGGCGACAACGACAAACAGAAAAUGCAUCAGACAGCUAGAGAUUAUAUUAUAGUGGAAACGUGUGGCAUUCUAAAUUAUAAAACGAAUUAUCUGUCUUCGUAUGAAGAUUUGAACGAAUGCUGUCGAACUGAUCGCAAAAUGGCAGCGCUAUGGGGACUAGAUUGAUAUUAUAGGGAUACAUUGAUAUUUUAACUCAUCCAGAAUAGACUGUACUGUUUAUUGUAUUAUUGCCCUGUGGCCUCAUUUCCUUGCGGUUAUUUCCUCGUGACAUUAGGAUUAAGGACAGGUUCGUGAUUGGGAUCAUGAUCAAAGAGAAACAUGUUGAUAUUCGUGCAUGAAACAUGAUGACUAUAUAACCUUCAUGUGCGCUUGCCAUGCUAAAACAGGCGAACAUGGAAACGAGACCAUUGAGGCAAAAGGGCAAUAAACAGGAAAGUCUAUUAAGUUAGUAAAGUUACUUACAUUUCAUUUCUUUCAACCCAUAAUCAGGCCCGUAACUAGCUAUGAGUUCAACCGAGUCAGUUGACUCGGUAAGAUGUUUUGUGAAAAAAUUCAAAAGAGGAAGACUUCAAGUUUAGAGAAAACAGAUCCUGAAUGAAAUUUAUUCAGAAUUUCUGAUGAAGGGUAGAAGUACGAAUUAGCGUCCCAAAUAUUACCACAAACACGUUUUCAUUAGGGAGCGGUCAUUAUUUAUGGCGGGGGGUGGCACCGAAGAGAAAAGGGUUGGGUAAACUAAAUUUUGAGUAAGUAAAAGGUUGGGUAAAUGAAAAACAAAACAACUUAAGGGUUGGGUAAUAAAAAGUUAUUGUCAUUUCCAAAGCAUGACUCACUUAAAUAUUGGAGACUGAAAAGCAAUGUCAAUACAAUAUGUAAAUACAAUAUGUAAAUCAAUCAGAGUCACUAUCUUGAUCAUUUUCCGAUUUGUUGGGAGACAAAUGGUGUCUCCAAAGAAAGUGCAUGUACAUACAACAUGAAAGUUUAGUUAUCAAACUUGUGUCACAGAAGUGGUAAAGGACAUGUGUGACAACUGAAUGGUAUUCUUUUGUAAAGGUUUUGGCCAGGGGUGGGUAUUUAUUUUUUAAUUGAUAUUUGAGGUUGGGUAAUCAAAUUUUUCGCUUUUUAAUGGUUGGGUCAGCAAAAUUUUUACCAGGAAAAACAUUUCUCUUCGGUGCCACCCCCCACCAUAAAUAAUGACCGGUCCCUUAUGCACCUGAUCACGUUGGACCAAGAGAAUUUGAAUUCUUAUGAUUGGAUAUUUGUAGUACAAUUGUGAGACACACUAUAUGAAGUUAUAGUCAUUGUGUCACGGUUUAUGAGAUUGAUUUUUUGCUCCCUGAAUGCAAGAAGACUAUGAAAUUAUAGUCAUUGUUUAUCAUUACUGAUUUUUUGUUAAAAUUGCUCCCAGAAUGCAGGAAAUAGCGUAUCUAAGCCUUAGAAAAUCAAACAUUUUCUGGGGGAGCAUGCCCUGACUGACGACUCGACUCGGUAAAUCUAAAAUCCUAGUUACGGGCCUGAUCAUUACCACGGGUGACCUCAACAGGACCUACAGUGAUUACUGCGGCCUACUGGAAUCCUACAAUUUCACCUUCCCAAACUCUCAUGACAUCCAAUCCAGAACCACGUGACGACAAUGCAUAGAAAACCAAAAUUUCAUGCAGAAUCUUCGGUGUAUUUAGUGUCUUACUAUCUUUAAAAGAUAAUUUAAUGAAUAUAGGGCCGGUUCUACCAAGCCAUGGUAGCUUAUUCGAUGCACUUUAGGUACGAUGAAGAAUUGUACGAUCAAAUUUUCCGUUGUCUUUAUGCACUUAUAAAAUUUAGGAUCAAAUGAACAUCAAGCAUUUUUCCAUGUCUUGUUUAAUUUAAUUUCGUUGAAUUGCACUUAUUGGAUACGCUAUCCAUGCUUCGUUCAACCGGCCCUCGGGUAAUAUUGUUAUUUAAUUAAAAUAAAUAAAUAAAGGAAACUUAUUGAAAUAAAACUUCAUAUUGUG